ACCAUCACUAUUGAAAGUCAAAAACUUCAAUUAUUUUGUUUUCCCGAGACAUUCGUAUUUUUUAUUGAAAUGGCCGAUCCCAACGUACCCAGAGGACCUGCAAGCUUGCAGAAUGUCCUUAAAUACGCGGUGAAACACCACGAUCCGGAGGUUGAAGUUCCAAAAUUGGACGAAACUACAGAUGCUGAGAGAACUCAAUUUUUGGCCGAUGCAUUGAAUGCCAUGCAAGUGGAUACUUCGGCGGCGCUGAAAGCAGCCCUAGUCAUUUUGAACAGUGAAGAGGCCAGCACAGAUGACCAGAUAGAAAGCUUUGAUGUCAUAAGGAGCCACAUCGACGAUAUCGACAAUGCCAUUUCCCUGGUGAAGCUGGGCGGAACGACAACACUACUUCGCUAUAUAACGAGUGAUGCGGAUAGCGAAGUUCGAGCUUUGGCACUCAAUACGGUCGCCGAGGUGGGACAAAAUAAUGUAUUUUGUCAAAACGCCCUGGUAGAAGAUAAAAUCCUACCCGUUCUGAUAAAAAACUUGAGUGAUUCCGAUCAAAACAUAGUACGGUGUUCCUUGUAUGCAAUAUCCUCGCUCGUCCGGAACUUCCUGCCUGGAUAUAAUGAAUUUAAGAGAAUAAAGGGUAUCAGGGCUUUGAUACCCUGUCUGAAAUCAACAAAUUUAAGCGUCUACGUAAAGGCUGCUUUCCUUAUUGCAUCCUUAACGUCAGUCGAUCAGGCUAUCAGAGAUGAUUUUGUCAAGGAGGAAGUGUUUCCUAUUCUAGUGGAUAACCUAGCCACCGUUGACGACUUUGAUAUCAAACAAGAGGCUACUCUUUUCGCACUAUCGUCACUUUCACUGAAAUCAGACUUGAAACUUUCUACGGACAAACGCGAGGAAAUCCUGUCAACGCUCCAGCAAAUGAUUUCCAAAAACAAACAGUCGGAAAAUUGCGAAGACAUGGUUAACCAUGCAAGAACUAUUGUGGACAACUUAAAUGCACAUUAAGGGUUAAAACAAAUAAUUUUGUUCACAUUAAUUGUAAGCUAAAUAAAAAAUUGUUUUCA